UUAAUAUAUUUUUUCGACUUAAUAGGGCGGACGAACCUGAAUUAGUGUCUCGGUGAAAAAUCGAAAUUUCAUAAAUUUACAUCCGUUUCCUACAAAUCAAAUUAUAUUCCCAACAAAAUAUAAAUAUUCUCAAUUAAAUAUUUCCACAUUACUCCGAGAGAAAUUAAAGUUUUCAUAGCAAAAAUGUAAAGUGAAAAUUUUCUUCUAUAGACAACCCCAUUUCACAGAACUGAAGAAAGAAAAAAAAAAAAAAUAAAGAAAAUAUAUAUUUUCUAACACAAGAAAAAGUGUUGUACAAUUCUACACCCAAUUGAAAAUUUCAAUUAAAUUUAUUAAAUUAAUCAAAAUCUUACGAUAUUUUCAUGAAAAUCGCAAUUGCAAAGGAAAAUAUUAUGAAUUAAGAUUUUUCACAAGGAAUUUGAAUAUAGCGAGACCUUUUAUAUAAUUCCUUCAAUGGAAUUUUAAUUUGAAAAGGUAGAAAAACGUAGUGAAUACUUAAUUACUUAAGUUAUAAAAACGGAAAAAUUAAUUAAAUAAAAUUAGCAAAUUCAAAAAAUUGAAUGAAAAUUUUGUCAAAUUGUAUGCGAAAAUUAAAAGUGGUGUACGAAAUUAGAAAAUAACCCAAAAUCAAAAAAGAAAAAAAAGUAGCAUUUAGGGGAUGAAGUUCGUGAAAAAUCGAUAUCAACAUUAUUGCCGGUGUUGCACCCUUUGGAAGUAUUUACCAUAAAAAAGAACAGCGCAUACCAUAAUAAUCUCUAAAUACUUGACUUUUGACAGUCACCCCUCCGAAUGUAAAUAAUAAUAAACACAAACCAAAGAAAAAAAAAUGUUAUGAAAACAAACCAAGACCCAUAUUUCAUAGAGAAACAAGUCCAGUAAAACAUAAUUUACGGUCAACUAACUAAAUCAACAAUAACCACCCUUUUGAGAGUAUGCAUCGUUACAUGUAUGAAGUUUGAAAAAUUUAAACUUGUAUCGUUUACUUAAACUGUGAUACGUUUUGAAUUCAGAAAAAAAAGCUUAAACAUAGAGUUAAGCUUUACCAUACUCAACGAUCUUAAGAAGGUAUCUAAUUUAGAUUUUCGUGCAGUGCGUGUGUGUUUUAAUUUGAAUACAAAAUAAAUCCUUUAAUACUCAUCGGAAAAAUUCUACAAAAGAAAAAGAAAACGGAUGUAAAACAAUUUUUAAAGAGCAUGCAAACAUUAAGGAAGAAAACAAGUCCAUGCAAAUAUCGAAAUGACCCAGGUCGAUUUUUUGGCGAUGGUGUUCAAUUUAAGGCCAAACUAAUUGGUAUACUGGAGGUGGGCGAGGCACGCGGUGAUCGCAUGUGCCAGGAAGCCCUACAAGAUUUAAAAAUGGCAAUCAGAGCUGCCGGCGAACACAAACAACGUAUUACAAUACAUGUAACUAUUGAUGGUUUGCGGUUGAGAGAUGAGAAAACAAGUGAUUCGUUGUACCAUCAUCCGGUGCAUAAGAUAUCAUUUAUUGCUCAAGAUAUGACCGAUUCGAGGGCAUUUGGUUAUAUCUUUGGAUCGCCAGAUAGUGGUCAUCGAUUUUUUGGUAUUAAGACGGAUAAGGCUGCUAGUCAGGUUGUCUUAGCCAUGCGUGAUCUUUUCCAAGUUGUUUUCGAAUUAAAGAAAAAAGAAAUUGAAUUAGCACGACAGCAAAUUCAAAACAAAACAAUUCACGAACAUCAACCACUAACGCUAUUAUCAGUUAAAAAUACUUCAGCUAGUGAUGCUUCAUCGAUUUUAAGUGGCAGUAGCAGUAAUAAAAUAAACAAUUUAGAUGGAGCAAAAUCAUCGCAUGUUAAAGAGAUGUCACCAGAAUCAGUUGCUGAUCUUGUUGAUCUAGAACAAGAAUUAAGUUCCAUCCAACGUGGUAUUACACAAAUGGAACGUAUCACACCAAGCGAACCAACACCUACGGGUAAAAAUCUGACCGAUGAAGAUCCUUUUGGCGAUUCUUUUACUAAUUUUCCGACCUACAAUCUUUUACCACCACCCGAAUCCUCGCGUUCACGUCAUUCGAAGCCAAACAAACCGCCCGAUUCAAUAAUAUCCUCUUCAGCCACCACCACAUCCGGUAUCCCAUCCAUUUCCAAUAUACUCUCCUCUCAAUCCUCUUCAAAACAAAAUCAAAUCAAUGCUUCGAGUCUCUCCUCGGCCAAUGAUAGCUGGUUAAACGAUCUCGAUCAAAAUGAUGUAUUCGAUACAACAAAAGCCGCUUCAAUAGUCGCUGGUUCGACAACAACACCAAUACCGAUUCCCUCAACAACAUCAAUUAUGUCCAGUCCCAAGGCGACUGCAUCAUCGGUCGCUAAUUCUCAGCAAACACCACCUCCAUCGUCAUCAAUCGCCAGCAGCAGUGGUUUUGGCAUGGGAUUAUCGAAUUCCUCUCCUCCUGGCACACAGUCAUCAAUUACUGCAAACGCCACUGCAGUAGCAGCUGCAGCCGCAGCAUCAUCAUCAACAGCAGCAUCACAAAAUGAUGAAUCGCAAAAAUCUGGUGAGGAUUAUAUUAGUACUAGCACUAAUCCAAAUAAAUAUUCAACUCCACCAAAUGCAUUACUAACCUCUACUAACGACAAUCUUAUGUCAAUUAGUAAUAGUACUACCACUUCCAUUACAAAUAAUUCAGUUUUACUAAGCAAUUCGGUCGCCACGGCCAGUGCAACUCAUAGUAGUCAAUAUAUAGACGCUUUUUCAGAUUUGGAUCCGUUAGGUACCGGUCGCAUUCGACCGUAUGUUGACAAGAAAUAUUUCUUCCAAGAGCUCAAGAAUCCACCAAAGAAAGUCUUGAAGGAUUUGUCCUCAACCGGCCCCGAUACCGGUUUUACAGCACAAUUUGUUUCUAGCUCGGAUGGAAGCAGUGAUGUGCUUAUGGAUGAUCCUCCAACAGCAACAGGAACCGAAGAUACAGGUGAUCUUUAUCAAACAAACCAAGGCGACAGACAAACAAGUUCGUUGAAUACUCAUACUUCUUCUACCACAAAAGCUCUAAAUUUAAAUUUUAAUCAUAAUUUCAUCAAAGCAGAUGGUCAUCAAACGGAUUUGGUUAUGUUGCCCCGUGACACUGAUCCUUUCUCGCCCACACGUAAAAAGAGUGAUCCCUUCCAAGAUGGCGAUAUAUUUGGCAAACUCGAUCCAUUUGAAUUCGAGUUUCCAACUAGCAACGGAUCUGGAACAGGACUUCUUCCAGAAACUAAAAUAACUAACAUCGAAGAUCAAAGAAAUGCAAAGAAGGAUAACAUGUUCAAUGGUCCAUUACAGGUGAAUCUGCCACCAGAGUCUUCUGGCUGGGCAGCGGCAAAUAGUAACCAACUUCAGCAGCAACAGCAACAACAUCGUCGAGUCGAACGGCAAACGAGUGAAUCUCCUACAGCUGGAAGCCGCAAUAGACCAAGUAGUGUUUUCAAGCAGAACACAGUCGACGUGAUUAGUAGUAUAAGUUCCAAGAAAAUGCCACAUUUGUUUGGUCAGAAGUUCUCCAAGCGUGACUCGAAUAGUAUAAAUAUGCGGCGACUUCAAGAAAGUGAUUCGCUCAGCGAGAACGAAACAGCACCGGAGCCACCUCCACGUCCAGAUUCCGUCAGUCAUUCGGAACCACCACCAUUGCCACCAAAGAAACAAUUCUCAGAUAUUGUCAUUCGACCGAGGAUCACUCCACCGCCUUCGAGUCGUUAUGAAUCUGUUUCGGCAGCCAAGGGUCGCAGCAGCAACACAGUUCAAGAUGCGUCGGUCCCCCCUAUCCCAUUGCCAUCACGGCGAAUUGGACGCUCAGAGGGUACUUAUCCGGGACCUGGUCGACCCCGAAAGCCAGGCAAUGAUGAAGAUGACUAUUUGCAACCAUUGCCGGCAGGAAAUGUGCCACCACUGCUCCCACCGCCUCAAACAAGAGGGCGAACUCGCCGCCAAGAGAUUUACGAGAAUAAGACUGAGGCGAUAGCCGAGCAUGUGGCACCAUCUGCAGCAAUCAAACAAGAUGAUGACGAAAUCGAAGAAGCCUCAUUCUUGCCUGACAUCACUCUCAGUCAGUUGUUGACACUGGGAAUAGAUGAGCUAGCAGCGAAGCUAAGUGUACCCACAUCGAAGCUUAGUACAAUGACUUUGGUGGAACUAACCACUUAUCUCUCGGAAUUUAUCGAAAAAUCCAAAAAACCCAAACAAAGACCAGUCAUGCAGUCGGCAGCUCCUCCUCCAGAAGACAGUCCACCAAUAUUCAAAGUAAACUUUGACCAAAUGCCCGACGCAACUUUCGUCGCAAAAUUCGAUGAUAACUUUGGCGAAGAAGAACCAGCUCCGUUUGUUGCAAACUUUUCACAAUUCGAUAUAGCAGCCAGCUCAUCGUCUCCAGCUAAAACAGAUGAAACACUAAAAGCCGCUGCUGUCCCAUCGGCCGAUAGAUAUGCUGUAUUCCGUGAAAUAAUCGAUCAGGAACUCCAACAAGAUAGUAUGGACCAAAAAAGCUCACCCGAAGCCGAUGACGAAGCCGAAAGUCUAAAUGGAAACAUCCCAGAGACCAACACUCUGGCGCAGUUUAGUGAUGAUGACAAAUCACCCACAACAGUGCCUCCUGUGCCGAAGAUCGACACAAAGAUCACCGAAGCAAUAUCGCAUGCCAAAGACAGGUAUGCAGCCUUGCGGGAUAUCAUCCUGGUCGAGGAUCUCUUCGAGAAACCCCCUCCACCUCAAAGUGAGGAUCUUAUGCAGGACUUUCCCGAAUUCAGUGAUGGUUUCAAUAGCAACACUGAAGAUCUAGCUGCCGAAGAAGAUCAGAAAUCACCCAUAGAAAGUAGUCCAGAGAGUAAUCAAAAUGAAGAAGAAGAUGACCAAGCUAGCAGCAAGAAAGGUUCCAAUAAGUUCCUUCACAUUCUAACCGUUUCCUCAACUACCAAAGACGAUUUGGAAAUUGACGAAUUAAUGAAUCGUGCAAUAUCAAAUUUAUCACUCGACUCUCGUGAGCAUUUAUCACCAAGUAAUGCUGUGACAAAAUCACCUGCAACUAUUGAUAGCAAUGGCGGCUCACCACAUGCCAUGCGGCGAUCAUUCCUAGGCACUUCUUCGACAACAUCCGGCAUUGGCAAGUCGUCCCAGUUCAAUGAUAUGUCCACAUCGCCCAUUCCUCUGCAAAAAUCCCCAGCACCUGUCCGAAAAUCUCCCCUUUCCAAGUCACCCCUUUCGAAGUCACCGAUCCCUCCACAAUUGAUUGCAGUUUCGAAUCUAAUUGAUGCUAGCAAACGUCUCAAUUCUGGGUCUCUGAGUGAUGUCAUUUGUGGUUCAUCACCCGAUGCCGAUACAGGUCUAUCAGAUGCAACAGCAGCCACAAAGCCAAUCACUGGCGGGAAAUCACCAAAAUCGCCAAAGGAAUCAUGGGCGGUGUUUGACAAGGGUGCAGGCAUGGAUGGGGGUAAACAUCGUUUGAAGUCUCCAAAGCCAACUUCUGCUCAAGGUGAGUCGCCAUGCUCGUCGGAUGGGAAAGAAGACUGGCAUCGAACUGGUGGCGAAGAGAGCAACAAACGAUGGCCAAAAGGUCAAACGUCUUCGUCAUCUAGAGAUCUCAGUCCUUGGGACGAUGAGACAUCAGAUUAUAAGAAGAGAAUUCCUCCAACUGCAGUUGGUGGGGCUGAUCGUCAUGGUUAUUACAUGAGGCAUGCCAGGAGAAUGAAUUCUUGUGAUGAGGAUUAUGAAUAUGAAGAAGAGAUGAACAAGCGUCGCGAAAGAAAGAUCAAAUCUGGCAUCUCUAGGAGCCGAGAAAACUUUGAAUUUGAUUCUCCACAAUGGUAUCACACUGGACCACAUCACACUUGGUCACCACAAGAAGAAGAAGGCAGAGCACGUUCAUUCGAUCGAGGUUCCUACGAACGAACCACGUACGGUCCUCCGGCUUAUGAUAAACGCGAACACAAGAUUCCUCCGUCGCAUUUAACUUAUGAUCGGCGUGACUAUAAAGGCUAUGACAAACGAAAGUACUACCGAGAGUAUAUGCGUCCAAAUUAUGAUUUCGAGCCAUAUGGUGAAUCUCCUGAUACCAAGGAUCGCAAAAUGCCCCUUUACUAUGGUGAUGGGAAUUUUGAAAAGAGCAAACCACCUCGUAGAGACUAUGAAAAUAUUUACGAAGAGAACUUUGGCGGUGGUCCGAGAUCUUACAAGUCGCGUGAUUACAUCUAUGAGCGUGAUCGAAAGAGUUUCGAUCGCGAUAGUGUAGAGUCGUAUGAAAGUGCUGGCAGAAGGCGAAAGAGUUUCGGAAGUGGCGAUGUCUAUGGAAGUUUAGAAAGUCGUGAAGAGUUCCGUGAACGUUAUAUGGGAGGUCCGGAAAAAACACGAUCCUUGCGAAAGGGAAUGAAGAUGCGUCUACCAGCAGGAAGUGGUAUGGUUCCAGGAGAUGAUUAUGACCAGGACUCUGAAACAGAGGUUCAAUCGCGAAGAGUUGGACAAAUAGAUUCGAGAAGUUUGCAAAGACCUACACAAGGUCCGCAACGCAUGAGAAAGAGUAGUGGAUCUAGUCCAUGGGAUGGAGAAGAACCUCCACCACCUGGCCACGGACAAAAGGGAUGGAAGCGCCCUUCAAGCGCAUCUGAAUCCGAACGAAGGCUUGCUGAAAGUAGAAGAGCAAUGGGAAAUACUCCAUCGGGAUCAGAUGGUGAAAAAGACCGACGAUUCCGUAAAAAACCAAGAUCACGUACUGGUAAGGAGAUCCCACCAUCAGAAACGCGACAAAGCCAACGUUACGGAUCAACACAUCGCGACAACUACGACUACAUCAAUUACGACGACUAUGACCAACCAACAGAUGAGGAUAAAUUCGAGCGAUUAAAUCGACGUCGUCAUGAAAUGCAUCAGCGAAUGAUGGAAAGUGAGAGGCGGCAAAAAACCUCCACCAGCGAUAAAUAUGCAUACGACGAUGAGGAUGAAACUCCUCGUUACAUGUCCAAAAAGGAGUCUAACUAUUACUCAGAUAAGCCAGUAGUAGGUCUUCAGCACAAGAAUGAGGUGUUCGAUGAACCUGUUGCAAUUCCAAAGCCCAUGAAACAACAUCCACGCGGUGCAGAUUUUGAUUUCAACGAUUUCGAAGAUACACCACGUUCGAAUACAAGCAGCAAAUUUAAUUUCGAAGAGCAUGGCUUUGAGAGUGAUUUCAAUUCACCACCGCCAGCCAGUUGUAAUUCAGCCUCAACAACUACACCGGCCACAAAGUCUUCGUUUAGGUUCUCCAAUGAUUUUUCAGACAAAGAAAAGCAUAUAGCUGGUGGUGGUAGUCAACAAUCGGUUACUACAUUCGAUAGUGAGUUUUCGCCUGCUCCUGCUGUAGCACCAAAUAAUAUUUCAAACAGCAAUAUUACAUCGACCACAACAACCACAACAACUCAGAAGCUACGUUUUGAUGACCGUGUAACAAUUUCGAAAUUCGACAACGACCAGCCGAGUAUUGGAGGCAGUAGCAGUAUCGUUGGAUGCUGUGAUGAUGCUUUCGAAGAUGACUUUUCCAAGGCAGAAUUUGAUUUCGAAAAAGAAGAUCAAUGGAAUCCAGAACCACCAAAGAAAAAUAAUCUCCGUUUGAAUAGUAAAUUGCAACAGCGACAGGAGAUGAUUAAGAAAUCAGAAUCGAUAAAUAUUUUUGCCAAGAAGAACGAAGAUCCUUUCGAAGAUGAUGAAUUCUUUAAAUCUCCUCCAUCGGCUGGUACCAAUGGCAAUAGUGUUGGUAUUGCUGGUCCAACUGGCGGUGGUGGACAGAGUAAGACAACGAAUGGAAAUGGCAAUAGUGGUGGGGGAAAUGGAACUGGCAAAGAUUCAAGUAAUUUUCAAUGGGAGAGUAAUUUUGCAAAGUUCGAUGAAAAUAUGUGAUUUGAUGAGCUCUUUGCCAGGUGCCAUCAAAUGGUGAGUGUUGAGACACAAAUUAAUCAACAUAAUCUCUCCACGACCAUGAUAACAACAAAAUCAGUUAAAGGAACUAUGGCAACAACAACAACAGCAACAAAAACAACAACAACUGCAGCGGCUACAACACAAACAAUAAAAUCAACAACAGCUAAAGCAAAACGCCGUUCGAAAAUUAAACAAAAAGGUAGGCAAUUGAUUUCGGUUAAUUUUUUCAUGAAAAAUAUCAUAACGUACCGUUUUAAUUAUGGCAUUUUAAAAGCUUAAACAAAAUUAUUAUUAUUAUGUAUUUUUCUAAGAUUUUGGACUUGGGCAAAUAUUUAAAUUUUUGUUCGUCAUUUUUAAGUUUUGCAUGCAACUUCGUUUUAACUCAGAACUCGACCUGUAAGAUGUUUUGACCAUACAAAAGGUGUUAGUGAAGUUAGUUCCGAGAAGUGCGUAAUUUUGACCAGAAAAACUAUCUAAUGAGCAUCGCUCAGAGGUGCUCCUGAUUUGCUUUCUCUAACGAGUUAAAAUGCCCUCCGACUUUUUUCACUGUUUUCGAGAUCGUCCACGAAAUUUUGUUCUUCAACAAUUUGAAAGACCUUAGCCUAAAAUAGGCAACUGUAAAAAUCUAUCUAUUAUUUUAGAUGCUCAGAAUUUUUUUCUCAAAAUCAAAUUUGAGAUUCGUUCUUUCCACACUACACAAAACUUUCGGUGUUGGACAAAGUUCAAGAAGCGAAUGGCUAUUCCAAAAAGCAAAGAUCGUGGAAGCUAUUUUCAUCACAAGAAAAGAAAGACAUCUUACUCGAUAAAAAAAGCUUUCCUGGCAAAUUUAACUGAUAGAUGUGAUAAAAUCCAUAGCUUAACCUCCCAAGAAGGUGAUAAGAUAUCAAAUAAAGAUCAAUUUUGCCUCCAUACACCCUGAGUAUAUGCUGUGGUUUAUCAAAAGAGCUUUGCUACACGUCAAAGAGAAAAGUCUUCAUUAUGUGAGCAUAUAGUCGAUCAUUCAGAUUAACACCACUGGAUCCACUUCGACCAAGUUAAUGUUAUACCUAAAUAGCGUCACCAUAUAUGUACCUAACCUAGUUCGAAAUCUACUAAAGCUGUCUAAGAUCUUCCAAAAAGCAGGUUACAAUCUUCUUUUUGAUUUAAAGGGCAUAUAUAGCUUUUAUUGUCGAUAAGCUAAUAAGAAAGUAAUAUAAGCUGGUGUGCAUCCAUUAUUGCGUACAUACAUUAUAACCCGUAUAUUUCUAUAGUCUUCGCGAGUUACACAAAUGCAUGUCAGCAAAACUGAUGAUGGCAAGUUACAUACUUCGCAACCCAUUACUGUAUGGGCAACACCACUUUCCGGUGACAAUAGAAAAAUUGAUAUGUCCGAAGACUAUAGGAAAAGGGUUGCGUUGAUCUUAAU